AUAUUAUCCAAUUUAAAUGAAUAUCGAAUAAGAAGAUGAUAAUUGGAUGCCUUUAGAAUCCAAUCCUUAAGUUAUGAAUGAAUAAGCAGUUCAAUUGGGUAUAAUAUAUAAAUAUUAUAAUAAGGUAUUAAUAUUGAAAAAGCAUAAUUCCAUGAUUUAUUGGGUUUUGAAGAUUGGGCUUUCGAAAUGAUUCCUUAACCAAUUUAUGGAGUUUUGUUUAAUUUUCCUAUUAAAGAGAAUACAAAUCAAUUCGUAGAUUAAGAAGCAGCUUAAAUUCAAGAGAAAGGGUAUCACAUAUAGAAUUAUAUAGUUAACAUGUAUCUCCAAAUUUGUUCUAUAUGAAAUAAUUAGCUAAGAAUGCUUGUGGUACUAUAGCAAUGGUUCAUGUUGUUCUUAAUGCUGACCAGGCUAUUAUUCAAGAGGGAAGUUAUUUGGCUGAGUUUAAAAAGAAUGUGUAAGGGAAGACUCCUUAAUAAAUUGGUGAAGCAUUUAAAAAAGCUAAGGAAUUGAAAUAGGUUCAUAAGGAGGCUGUUGAAUAAGGGGAAAGUGCUUGUUGUGAUGAAAUUGAUCGACAUUUUAUAGCAUUUGUGUUAAGAGAUGGUGAUAUAUAUGAAUUAGAUGGAUGUAAAGUAAAUUAGGAUAUUAAAUUUAUUAGUAAUUCCCUAUAAAUCAUGGAAAAUCUACACCAGAAACAUUUUUGCCUGAUGUUUCAAAAGUGAUCCAAAAGUUCUUUGAAAGAGAUCCAAAUGAAGUAUCAUUUUCGACAGUUGUUUUAGCAAAAGCUAUAUAAGAAUGAGAAUGCAUAUAAUAUAUUAAAAAUUAUUAUAUCAAUU